UGUACAGCCUACCUAUAAUUCUGAGGAAAGGAUAUAAAGAGAAAGACAGAGAGACGGAGAGACACCAGAGACAUGGAUCACAGACAGCUGAGAGACAACAUCCGCACCUUCAGCCUCGAUGACUGCGCUCGGGGGAAUCAGGGAUAUAACCGGGUUCUCCUGCAGCUAUUCGGUUAUACAGGUCACGGGAAAUCCUCUCUGAUCAACUCUUGUAUCUAUGCCCUGGAUGAUGCUGGUAGAUUUAUCGAGCAUGCUGAGGCUCAAGAUCAAGAUGGAGGAAAAACUAUGAUAAGAAAAGCCUAUGAGCUCACCGGUAACAUCACCAUGGUGGACAACAGAGGGUACAAUAGAAUGGACGGCUUCCAGAGAGCUGAAGUUUAUGCCCAACUGGGAAACUUCAUCCCUAUAGGUGAGAGGGUGGUUUGGAGAGAUAAUUACACUGAUAUGAUGACAAUAGUGGAGCGAUCUGACAUGGACCCAAAUUAUACAGACUUCAUUGUUCCUGUGUUGGUUUAUAGUGUCAAGGUCGGACUUUCAGAAAGGACAGAACUGAAAAUAUUUAUCAGUAACUGUAUAAAGAUGACAGGAGUUGCCCCUAUCAUUGUCCUCACCCAAAAAAAUAGCGGAGAUUUCUGGGAUAUGGAGAAGCGGUUCAAGCUGAUAGGGGCUGAGACUGUGAUAGCCGUGGAGAACUACACCAAGGAGAGCCAGAUAAAAACUCUGGGGAGAACCACAGACUUCCUCAUGUUCAUUAAUGGCGCCAUAAAACAAGUAAAAUUCCGUAUGGAACAGACAAGGAACCCGCAGGAAGAGCGAGUGCAGCGGAAGAUAUUCCUGCUCCAGUACAUACAUGAGGCUGAUAAGAAACAGGAGGAAGAGAAAAGAGAGCGGGAGAGGAGCCAGGAAGAGGCAAAUAGUAGAAAGGGAGUUUGGGGAUGGUAUAAUUGGGUGUUACGUAGGUAGAGAUGACAGAUGUGAGCAGGAUCUGAUGUUAUUAAAUGGGAAAUAUCACUUACAGCGGGUUUUUGGGGCAUAAUUUCACAACCUCCACUUACUGUACCGUAGAUGUAUAAUUAAUAGAUGUCCCCACUUUAUAAACAAGGCAGGCGUCCCCUUCAUGUACUUCCAGAUCUCUCUAUAUAUACAUACCGCCACCGUGGCCUGGCCACAUGUCCUACCACAUACAUACCACCACCGUGGCCUGGCCACAUCUCCUUCCACAUAGAUACCACCACCGUGGCCUGGCCACAUCUCCUUCCACAUAGAUACCACCACCGUGGCCUGGCCACAUCUCCUUCCACAUAGAUACCACCACCGUGGCCUGGCCACAUCUCCUUCCACAUAGAUACCACCACCGUGGCCUGGCCACAUCUCCUUCUGAUUAUCUUCACAUGUCUAUGGAAGAAAUAAUUAUGAUGGAAUUUAUAGAGUCUCCACCUGGUUUCAAUGACUAGAAGAGUAAAACUCACCCUCCUACACGGGUCACUCGGCGGCUCCACUACAAAAAAUAAAGCAAGUAACUUUACAUCUUGGUAAUCCAUGUUACACUGCGGGUGGGGUCGAUGUAAUGGGCAUGAUGUCUUAAAAGGAAGGGGGGAGAUUAGUUGAACAGGAAAUAUAUAGGAGAUAGACCUAAUUGAAAUACAAUAUCAAUUGUUCAUAGUUUUUUAGGGGUUGCUACCACAGAUCAUGUCACGGAUAGGGAUAAGGAAAAAGAGUCGAAAAAGGUUCUGUCUUCGGUGCACAAAGAUUUAAAAUUGAACUUUUAAUUGAUUCCUUAAAAAUAAAUGCCACGUUUGAGAUGACACAUGUUAGACUGAUUCUCUAGUAUGCAAAAUAUUACAAAACACACAAAUAACAAAUAUGUGAGAGUAUGACAACACAGAAAUAAAAAAGAAAAAAUCACAUAAACACAAAUUUGUUAAAAAGACUGAGCGUCUUUUUUGUCUGUCCUAUUAAAUCACUGUCUGAAUAAAAAUCAGUGUUGCUCUGUG